AAGCGGGGGUGUGCGCAGGGCCCCUGCAUGUGCUUGCGAGGACCGCGCCCGCUCAAGACACAGAAGGGGCCGUGCUGUCUUCCAGAACCAAAAAGCAGGGUAACAUAGGAGAAACCAUGCUGGACACACAAGAAGCAGAAGAGGAUAAACAAAAUGUUUUGGUCGCGAAGAUCGAUAAUGUGAAGAAUGUUUCCCAGCUUUUGAAGGCUGUGCAUUUUAGGGAGAGUGCAAUGGUUGUUGUGACAUCGGAUGGGCUGAAGGUUACUGUGGAAGACAGUAAAUGUGUCCAGGCCAAUGCAUUCAUCCAAGCAGAUAUGUUCCAGCAAUUUGUGCUGAGUGAAGAGACAUUAUCAUUCAAGAUAAAUCUUUCAGUCCUGUUGGAUUGCUUGAACAUUUUUGGUUCAGGCAGUACUGCAGGUGCCACCACUGCCCUGAAGAUGUGUUAUGCUGGUGAAGGCCAUCCACUGGUGAUAGUAUUAGAAGAAAGUGGCGUCCUCACAGAUUGCUCUAUCAAGACGCAACUGCCAGAAGACAUCAUGGAGUUCAGCUUCAACAGCUCAGAUGUGGUCAACAAAGCGAUUGUCAAGUCCGACUGUCUACGGGAGGCGCUGGCUGAGAUGGACGUCGACUGUGACGUCAUGGAGCUGGUGUUCUGUCCGAGCCCGCCCCGGUUGCAGCUCUCCGCCGUCGGCGCUGGCAUGGAGACCAAGGUGGAGAUCGGCGGCGACAGCGAGCUGGUGGAGCUGUUCCAGUGUCCGCGCACCUCCAGCAGCCGCUACCGGCUCGCCAUGAUGAAGCUGUCCGGCAAGCCGCUCGCCCAGUCGCAGAAGGUGUCGCUGCGCACGGACGCGCGCGGCUUCCUCUGCCUACAGUACAUGAUCAAGACGGACGACGGGCACAUCUGCUUCGUCGAGUUCUUUUGUUCACCAGAGGAGGAAUGAGGAUCUCCUGUGUUCGCCAGAAGAUUGAGGGUCUUCUGUGUCCAUGGCGAACUCAUCAACGCUUGUCAUUGUUAUAUCACGCCCAUCAUCAGUGCUUACAUGCUCUUCAGUGGCUGGUGUUAGGUGUUUUUAUAAUACAGUAAUUAUAAUAUAUAUU